CAUGACAGUAGGAUUCUUGUGAGAUAUGGGCGGCUCCAGCCUUAAACAGCAAAAGAGGUGCAAAUGAAGUCUCGGGUUGGACUGAAGCGUGUGGACUCCUCCUCUCAUGGGAAGAGUAACUGAGCAACCGGCCCCCACAUCACAACAGCAAAAAGCACUGACACUAGUCAGAAGUCAACGCUAACGUUUCUGUUCACAGUCCUGAGCGUUAAACCGAGGUCGUGCUGAAAGUCACAUUCCACGGGUGUGUUUGUGAAUGUUUAAUCUCGUCCCGGCAGACCCGAGCGGACAUCGAUUGAACUGAAAGGAUAUCUCCAAUCUGCUCUUCCAAUGAAGGACUAUUAUGGUCCAACUUGAGAGCGUCAAGUGCAGUUUUCUCCUCUGCCUUGGUAUCUGCAUCAUCUUCUGUUCCGCCAUCUACCUGAAAGCCAAAAUAUCCAACGCGCCCCAAGCUUUCGUCAUAACCUGUCAACUCCUGCCGGAAAACUGCCCCAUCCUUCCAUCGCCGACGCCGGCCUUCAGAUGGGAACGACAAGACUGCACCAUCAACAAAAUCGUUGACGCAGAAACCAACUGCAGUCGACUGCGAUCGGAACUUCAUUUCAUCACGGUGCCUUUAAGCAAAGAAGAGAAGGACUUCCCUUUAGCCUUCAUCAUCACCAUACACAAAGAACUGGAGGCGUUCGUUCGGCUUCUGAGGUCCAUCUACACACCGCAGAACAUCUACUGCGUUCACGUGGACGCUAAAGCACCUGCGGACUACAAGACGAGCGUUUGGAAUCUCGUCAGGUGCUUACCGAACGUCUUUCUGGCCAGCGUCAGCGAAAGAGUGACGUACGCCGGAUUCUCCCGUCUGAAGGCGGACAUCAAUUGCAUGAAGGACCUCAUGAGAUCUCCGGUCAAAUGGAGGAGGGUGAUCAAUUUAUGCGGACAGGAUUUCCCAAUUCAGACCAACCUGGAGUUGGUCCGGUACAUGCGGGGAUCUGAAUGGAGAGGUAAGAACAUGGCGCCGGGAGUCAGACAGCCACCGUACAUACGUCAUAGAACUCGGUAUCAAUACGUGGAGGUCAAGGACUCUGUGGCACCGAGGGGCAGAGGUCAAACCAAGGGACCCCCUCCACACAACCUGACAAUCUACUUCGGGACUGCCUAUUAUUCUUUGACAAGAGCGUUUGCGCAGUAUGUAAUAAACAGUGCGGUGGCCAAAGACCUGUUGAGCUGGUCUAGAGACACCUUCAGUCCAGAUGAGCAUUACUGGGUGACUUUAAACCACGUGGAGGAAGCGCCAGGCAGUGAUGUGAACGGUGGAUGGGAAGGAAACAUUCGUGCUAUCAAAUGGAAGGAUCAGGAGGGAACUUCACACCGGGGCUGCAAAGGGCGAUACGUCAGGGAUAUCUGCAUCUUCGGGACUGGAGACCUGCCGUGGGUUGUGGAAAAAUACAGCAUGUUUGCUAAUAAAUUUGAGACUACGAGCUUCCCCAAAGCUUUGGAUUGUCUGGAAUUGUGGCACAGACACAAAGUUCUCCAGCAAGCAUCAGUUCCCGUUCAGCCGUCUUGGCAGCUCAUCACAGAGGUCCCUGAAAGCACUGAAACUCAACAACAGAGCACCACUUUAUCAUUUCCUUAAAUCAAAUCACGGGAUCAUUCAUGUCGAUGUGAAGCUAUAGCUCAUGAUGUGUCAGGGCUGCGAGGGACAAGAUGGUUAUUAUAUAUAUAUAUAUGUUGAGUGUGUCUCAGGCAUCAAUUGUGCUUUAUCAAUGUAGCCGAUUUCAUUCGGAAAAACUGCCUUUGGUUUUACUUGCUGUUGUUUUAGUGUGAACUUUACUUUAUUGCUAUUAUUAUGAUGAUGAGGAAUAUAAUCCUUCCCAAAUAACACUUCUAGCACAUUUUACAAUAAAACUGGCGAUUAGAAUAAACAUCGUGUUUAUGCCAGGAUAAAGAUUCUUGAUGUUGUUAAAAGCUACAUUGACAAUGUCAACAGUGCAUUAAAAAUGGAGAGUUUUACUCCGGAAUCAAAGCGUCAGUUCCACCAUCCGACCUUCUUGGUUUUUAUAUCUUCAUAAUUUUAAUCUAUUUUUUGAAAUAUUUAUUUGUUGAAUAAACUUGAAAAAAAACUUUUUUUCCAAUGUAUAUACACCCUCGAUUGAACCCACUGCAAAUUGCUGGAGACGAAUGAUCAACAUGAAUGUAAAUCUGACCACCACUGAAUGGUGGUCAGAUUUACAUUAAACUGCCCUUUAAUAAAUCACAUCAAACUUUCAUUAUUUCAACCUCGUAUUUACAAUAUGUAAAUCUUUACGCAAAACACACAUCUGUUCUGAAGAGGUAACAUUUCACUUGAUGUUGGAUAAUCUUCAUAAUCCUCACUUGUAUUUACUCAUUUUUGGUUCCAAAUCAGUCACUUUGAGCCAAAAGUUGGAAAAAAUAUCAGUUCAACCGGUAAACUGGGGAAAGCCAUUACAUCACCACAACAUAACCAGGAUCAGACAUUUGAGUAAAAAUAAAGAAGCAAAGACACGUCUGUGGCUGUCCUUCACUUCAACAAGAGACCAACAUUUCCCCGGAUCUACACAGAAGAACCUGAAGAAAAUCUAGAGAACAGAAUAUCAGCGACCAGCGUGCGGCCCGCUCAUAUCACAUGCAUUUAUCACAGUGUUGUAAUCGAGUUGACCGAUAAUGGCAUAGAAAGGUCCGGUCAUGAGAUCCGUGCCGCCGCCUCGGGGGUGAAACACAGACCUGACAGAUGGACAUUCAAAGAGGCAAAAAUGUAUUGUAACGCAAUACAUAACCACAGAUUAUGAUUAACAGCACGGAGUAUAGUUAAAAAUUUGCUUUUGAAACGCAUGUCAUGCAGGUGUUUGUACAGCAUAUUCAAAUGUCGAUAAAUGUUUGUCCAAGCGCAGUAGAGACCGGCACGUUCCAUCGCGGCUUGUUUACGCCGGCAUGGAAAGACGACGACUCCGGGAUGCAUUUUUCCUAUUUCCGCCCUAUUGCUUAGAUUAAUUGAGACGAAUGCCAUGGAGAAAUGUCUGCUCGCUGAGCCUGAAACCAAUUAGAACAAAGCAGGGCACGGCGAGGUUAAUGAUUCACUAUUGAGAGCACACUACCGAGUCUGCACUCAUUAGCCACGGUCCAACCACACACACACACACACAAUGCAGAAUGUACACACAGUAAGGCCGAAAACACGGAUGUUAGAUCGCUGCUGGCGUCUCGACUACUGCUCUACUGCUCUAAUAUUUACUUGAUAAUGAGGCUUUGUUCAGCUUUAUCAAAGUCCAAUAAUGAGCCUGGAGAAUAGAAUGAAUUAUAAAUGAACAAACACACUAGCGGCUUUAGUGAGAGUUACCAGCAGAGAAGAUAAAACUAAAGGCCUGAUAUACUUCCGUCCAUAUUAAGGGCCGAUCGGGCAUGAUGUCAUUUAAAGUCCAGAGAUACUGAGAAGCAACAGAGAGAGAUGAUGCUCAACACUGACGCAUGUGUACUGAACAUUACUAAUGCCAUUCACAGAAUUAUGUAACCACAGUUGUAACCCAGAACCUCCAGGAAAAUUGGGGACAUCAUUGCUUAAACCGUGUUGUAUAUAUUGUUUUAACGGAUGUACGAGCCGGGACUGCAGUUAACUUCCGGUUUGUGUUUGGCUAGAGCCUAAUAAUAUAACUAUUUAUAUUUUAUUUUGUUUAUGUUCAUAUUAAUUUCUAUAAUUAUUUAAACAUAUAAUAAUUGUAUUAAAUAAACGAUUUGUUGAAUGUUCAUUUUAUAAAAAAAUGAUGUGUUAAAUGUGUCCUGUAGUUCGUUAGCAUUUAAAGAAACCAUAUGGUACACUGACAUCUAGCGUUUGAGCUUGGUAUCGCAGUCUUAAUUUAAAAUAUUGGAGAGAGGAGCUUAGCCAAGUAAAGGUUUCUGUUGAUUGUUAUUAGAAAUCGUUUUAAGGCACAUUAUUGUUUGUGAAUGUCUACCGGAAGUGAAGGGCAGUCCAGGAACGUGGGGUAACGUUUGUUUGUGUUGUCACUUUGAAAGCGUCUAUAAAAGUCAAAAACAUCUUAGUAUUAUUUGUGUAGAGUUUUGGGAGUAAUAUCAACAUACAGAAAUGUUAAAGAGUGAACAAACCGAACA